AUGAGGAUGGAGACAGAGGACCAAUCGGAGCUCUGCUUUCCACAACUCAUCAACAUCUCCUGCAUAAAGCCCACGCCUCAUCUGCCUGAAAAUGUUUUUUGGACUGUUCUGCUGUCCAUCCUCUGCAUCUUCACGGUGGUUCUCAACCUGCUGGUCAUCAUCUCAAUCUCCCAUUUCAGGCAGCUCCACACUCCCACCAACCUGCUCCUCUUCUCUCUGGCUGUCACUGACUUUCUGGUGGGCCUCCUGGUGUGGCCUGGUGAGAUGUACAUGAAAACAUCCUGCUGGACUCUUGGUGAUGUGCUGUGCUUCUUACAUAACUUUGUGUCCUUUUUAAUCACAUUUGUCUCAGUAGGAAACAUGAUACUGAUAUCAGCUGACCGUUAUGUUGCUAUUUGUGAUCCCUUGCAUUAUAACACCAAAAUUACUGUGAAAAAAGUUCAACUUUGUGUUUGUCUUUGUUGGUUCUUGGCUCCCUUCCUGUGUAGCAUCAUUUUGAAGGAUCAACUGAUUCAUCCGGAAAAGUAUAGUUUCUGCUACGGAGAGUGUGUCGUUGGUGUGGACUUUGAAGGAGGGAUUGUUGACCUUGUUGUGGUUUUCAUCCUUCCUUUUAUCAUCAUCAUCACUCUGUACAUGAGAGUGUUUGUGGUUGCUGUGUCUCAGGCCCGAGCCAUGCGUUCUCAUGUUGCGUCAAUCAAACUACAACAUUCAGUCACUGGAAGAGCAAAGAAAUCAGAGUUGAAGGCAGCCAGGACUCUUGGUGUUCUUGUUCUUGUCUUCCUCAUGUGUUUCUGUCCAUAUUACAUUGUCAUUCUGACAGGUGAUCACAAUAUAAUCUCUUCAUUUGCUAAAUAUUUUCUUUAUUUAUUUGGUUUAAACUCCUGUUUAAACCCUUUGCUCUAUGCCUUGUUUUAUCCGUGGUUUAGAAAAGCUAUUAGACAGGUUGUCACUCUGAACAUACUGCAGCCUGGCUCCAGUGAGACCAACAUUAUUUAG